AUGAAUAACUUUUGGAAAGCAGUGAUUGUCCUGAGUGCCUUCAUCGCCGCAGCACAGUGCCUGACCUGCCGUCAGUGCCCACUCGGCGUAUUUGGGGCGUGCUUCUUUGGAUCAGAUGUCACAUGUAACAAUGCAACUGAGAGCUGCUACACUGGACAAGCACAGUUCAAUGCUACGGGGACGCUGACCCUGGACACCCGCGGCUGCCUGGACUCAGACCUGUGUGAGAAGACGCUGACCGGCACCAUCCUGGGCGCCGGCUACACCAGCAGUUUCCAGUGUUGCACCGUAGACCGGUGUAACGGAGCCACAUCGGUCCAGCUGUCCCUGACCGCGGCCCUCUGCGCUGCCCUGCUGUCGUCUAUGUGGGGCCUCUGGGCGUAG